CUGUAAGUGUGCGCCGUCCCUGGGUCUAAUGAUAGUAGGGAUACAAAAUUUUAACUAUUUUUAUUUUUUUAAUAAUAAUUUAAUAUUUUUUCAUAAACAAAUAAAAUUUAGAUAUAAAUAUAUUUUAGCUAAAUUUAGUUAUAUAUAUAUUAAAAACUUUAAAAAUCUCAUACAGAGUAGUUUAAAUAAUCACAUUAAAAUUUUAAUUUUCAACUAUUAUUUUAUUGAAAUUGCUAAUAUAGAAAACCUUUCUCUGUUUCUGGUUCUUGAUCUUAACUUUAAUGUUUAGAAGUAUGCUGUUAAAUGGCUAACAUCUAACGCCUCAGAACUAGAAACCACUUUCGUCUAGUAAACUGCUACAACUGGACUUGUCGUCUUGUUUCUGUGUCUAUCUCCUUAUUUCAUCGCUUUGUUUCAAUAUAAAGCUUACUGAAAAAAAAAGAAAACCAUCUCACAUGUUCUGCUGGUUUCAGAACGAAAAAUAGAUUUAUUUACAUUCUUUUGCUACCGAGAUCAUCGUUGGCCUAUCUUCAUUCCUCUUCUCGCAGCAUCUCAGUGCCAGGUCGAGAAACAUUUUCAUCUGACCAGGCCUCAUCUCGUUCAAAUCACCUCCAAACUCAACAGGUUCUCUUCUCUCCUGCAUAUCCUUAACACUAUCAAGAAUAUUACCAAGAUCCCACCUGGCAACUGAUUCAACCAAAAAUGCUGGUCUUCCCAAACGAAGAACCAACAUAAAGAUUCCAAAACUGAACACAUCUAAAUACUCUGUCACUAUCCCCGUUGAGCGAUAAAUAUGAUCUAUGUAUCCUAAAGUUCCAGUCACCGGCUUCCUCGCAACCAACACUGCCUCGUUUGUUCAAAAACCUGUAGCCUAGGUCGUCAAACACCGCCACUGGAAGAGGGAAUUGGAGACAACAUCCAAUGACUCUGAGGAAGCCACUGUAAUUACUUCCCCGAGCAGACAAGACAAUAUCGUUGUAAGCUGUCUCUUCUCCACGCCAUGGAUUUGUGAAUCUCUUGAUCACGUAAGAUCUGUCUUCGAUGACGCCCUUGUACCAUGUGGAGGCUCGUGACUUACCAGGAAGAGAACACUUGGGGUCGAAGAAAGUAGAAACUUUAUCGGUCAAAUUUUUAAGUAGUAACAAUUAAAAAGUCAAAAGUAAAAUAUCUUCAGAGUUCUGAAGAUUUAAAAUCAGGACGGAUCUUUAUUUUCUCUAUCUCAGCCUUCUCAGCUUCAACUCUUUAUCAAUCUAAUGGGCAAGAACACGAAGAAGAAGACGAAAAAGAUCAGAUCCGAUCUGAAGAACGGAGGGCUUCUACUAGCAGAGCUAAUCGCUUCCUUCAACGGCAAAACCAACCCGAUCCGGUGCUUCUCCUCCGAUCAGAUCCUCAAAGCGACCAACAACUUCUCCGAAUCCCUAAUAAUCUCCAGCUGGGGAUACUUCACCUGGUACAAAGGCCUAAUCGAAGACAGACCAGUCUCCAUCAAGAAAUGGUCCAACCAAAACCUCUCGACCUUCACCGAAGCCUACCGCGACAUCUCCGUAUCCUCCCAGAUGAGCAACCACAAGAACUCACUCAAGCUUCUCGGCUGCUGCUUGGACUUCGACCUCCCGUCCCUCGUCUGCGAGUUCACGGCACACGGUCCUCUCAACAGAGACGGAGGCCUCCUCUCGAGCGGCGGUGCGCCUUUGCCGUGGAGAGCGAGGGUGAAGAUCGCGAAGGAGAUCGCCAGCUCAGUGGCGUAUCUCCACACGGCGUUUCCGGAGACUAUAAUCCACCGGAAUAUAAACCCGACGAACAUCUUCGUGGACGAGGAUUGGACGGCGAAGCUUUGUGAUUUCUGGUUCUGUGUGGCGAUACCUGAAGGGGAGCUUUAUGUGGAGGACGAUGUGAAGGGUGUGAUUGGGUUUGUUGAUCCGGACUAUUACUGGACGAUGAAAGUUACGGAGAAGGUUGAUGUUUACAGCUUUGGAGUUGUGAUGUUGGUGUUGUUGUCUGGGAGAGCUGCUGUGUUUAACGGGCCAGGGGAGGCGCCUAUGUCGCUUAAUGAUCAUGUGUCUGAGGUUAUGGGGAGAGGUGGGUUUGAGGAGGUUGUUGAUAAAGAGGUGUGGAGUGUUUCGGGUGGUGAUGAUGAGUUGGUUGUGAGGAGGUUGCAGGUUGAAGCGUUUCUUAGGUUGGCGUUGAGGUGUGUGAGGUAUAAGAAAGAGGAUCCGGUGAGUGGAAUGAUUGAAGUUGCUAAAGAGCUCAAGUUGAUUGAGAAGCUCUCGUAAUUAGUCCUUAUUAGUUUAUAUGUUCUUGAAGAUUGUUAACCUCUUGGAGUCUAGAGAUGUGUCAAUGUGUUUUAAGUUUUUGUUGUUACUUGUCUUUGUCAAGAACAAAGAUGCCAUACUUGUUAUUAUGUGGGCAACCGAAAGAUAGUAACUUUUAAUCCAAUGUGAACACGUUUCGACUCA